GUAAAGUCACACUUUGAUAGAACUACCGAACCUCAAUCAAAUCAAUCAAAAUGAUGAAAGUUUUGGUUCAACUCGCCACCGUUUGCCUUCUGGCUCAUCUGGCCGUGGCCGUCAAGGGUCCCGUAGCUGAACCAGUCUGUGAUGUGGUGUGCCCACCUGACAACCCAAUUGUAGAUAACUGGCAUCUUCCAUACACUGGUCAUUGUGAGCUCUUCUGCCACUGUGCAAAUGAUGGUAACUGGAAGAAGGAGUGCCCUGCUGGUCUUGAAUUCAACCCAACCCUGCAAGUCUGUGACUGGCCCUAUGCUGCUGGUUGUACUCAAGAAUCAUCUAGUUCAACUGAUUCUAGUACUUCUGAGUCAUCCACUGUUGAUUCUUCAACUAAUACUACCCCUGACCUAUCCUCAUCCACUGAAUCUUCAACUGAGUCUACCUCUGAAUCCACCACCGCCUCCCCACCUACAACCCCUAAUGCUGAUGGUUGUGAUCAUGAGACAUGCAACAUUGAUGAAUGCAAAUUCUACGAUAACUAUCUAAACUGCCAAUGGUUCUGCGAAUGUGACAAAGGUGUCGUUACAGUGCAUAAAUGCGCUGAUGGUUUGUACUGGAACGAUGAUACUCACAACUGUGAUUGGGAAUCCAACGUCCACUGUCCUUUGGAUGGAUGCCAAGACUUUGAAUGUCAUUCUAACAUCUGUGACAGGGGUCCAAAUACCUUAGAUUGCAACUUGUACUGCGACUGUCAUCACGGAAACAAAACAGUUGGACAUUGCGCACCUGGUCUCUUCUUCAACCCCGAUACCAAGCAAUGCGAUAAGGAGGAAAAUGUUCACUGUGGAGGAUCUACUGUUGAUACUACUACUCCUGUUCCUCCCACUAGUGUCAGCACCACUGAGGUCAGCUCUACUACCCCUGAGUCUACAACUGAUGAGCCCAGCACAACUCAGCCACCUACCAGUGAAUCUACAACUAAGGCGCCAACUACUCUUCCACCAACAACCCCUUCUGGAGUUAAGACGUGCGACGAUAUCUGCCCUGAUGUUUUCCCAAUUGAAGCAAACAACCAUCUCUUCCCUGGAGAUUGUAAAAAGUUCUGCCACUGCGCUAAUGAUGGUAACUGGUUGAAGGAUUGCCCUCCAGGUCUUGAAUUCAACGCUGUUCUUCAAGUCUGCGAUUGGCCCUACAACGCUAAUUGUGUUCCAACAAAAUUCCAUGAAGCAAAGAUGCUAUUCGGAAUUUUUGUCAAUAUUGCGGCUUUGUGCCUCAUGGUGCAAUUGGCUUUUGCUGUCCAAGGACCAGUUGCAGAACCAGUCUGUGAUGUGGUGUGCCCACCUGACAACCCAAUUGUAGAAAACUGGCAUCUUCCAUACACUGGUCGUUGUGAUCUGUUCUGCCACUGUGCAAAUGAUGGUAAUUGGAAGAAGAAUUGUCCCCCUGGUCUUCACUUCAAUCCAGAACUGCAAGUAUGUGACUGGCCUUAUGCUGCUGGUUGUACUGAAGAAUCCUCAACCGAGGCACCUACAACUAAAGCUCCUACAACUCAAUCUCCAACAACCACCGAACCUACAACAACUGAACCUUCAACCACUGAACCUACAACCACCGAACCUACAACAACUGAACCUACAACAACUGAACCUUCUACAACUGAACAACUGAACACAACAACUGAACCUACAACAACUGAACCUCCCAAAACAACCGCACCUCCAGAAACCCAGCCACCUACAACCCAAGAACCAACCACACCUGUUCCAAUUCCUAAUGGUUGCGAGGAAGAAACCUGUCUCGCCCACGAAUGCAAAGUUUUCCGCAACUCCAAUAACUGCUCAGCUUACUGCGACUGCGAUCAUGGUGUAAUCACCAUCAAGUAUUGCUCCGACGGUCUUUACUUCAACCCAUUAACUGGCAACUGCGAUUAUGAAGAAAACGUUGAGUGUCCCUUGGAUGAUGGAUGUGAGGACAUUGUUUGCAAUAAACACGACUGCUUUACGGCCCCAAACACUCAAGACUGCAAUUUGUUCUGCGACUGUGACCACGGAAACGUUACAAUCGGGAAAUGCGCACCAGGUCUUCAUUUCAACCCUGCUACUGGGAUGUGUGACUUCCCAGAGAAUGCAAAUUGCGAUUUUAAUGCAACCACAUCAGCCAGACCACCAACUGAGAAACCCACAGAAAAACCUACUGAAAUACCAACUGAAAAACCCACUGAGAAACCAACUGAAAAGCCAACUGAGAAACCAACCACACCUUCCAGCUCUGGAGGAGUAUGUGAUGACCUUUGCCCCAAUAUCUGGCCCAUUGUAGAAAACAACCAUUUGGCUGUCCCUGGUGACUGUACCAAGUUCUGCCACUGCGCCAAUGAUGGUAACUGGUUGAAGGACUGUCCAGAAGGUCUUCACUUCAACCCAACUUUGGAGGUCUGUGAUUGGCCCCAUUCUGCUGGUUGUGCGUAAAUGCCAAUUGAUAAAAACAUGAUUCUGUAACAUAUAUUAACCAAAUAAAUUAUAAGCGCAUCCCAAAAAUGA